AUGCUUGAAAUGGAUGGUGCAAUUAUUACUCCCGCAGAUGUUCUAAAAACAUCUGGUCAUGUGGAUAAAUUUAGUGACUGGAUGGUUAAAGAUACAAAAACUGGUGACAUUUUUCGCGCGGAUCAUUUAGUUGAAGCUGUUCUAGAAGGAAGGCUAGAUGGCGAUAAACAGGCUGAAAAUAAUGAAAAUAAUGCAACAUCGCAAAAAGAUAAAAAGAAGAAAAAGGGUGCAGUUCAAGCUGUAAAAUUAGAUGAUGCUACUAAAAUGGAAUAUGAAGAGAUUUUAGCAAAGGCAAUUUUAAUUUCACAAAAAAUUACAAAUACAAUCGAUUCUCUCUAA